AUGCCGCCCGAAUCCACUGGCCUUGAAUCGUCUACAGAAAAACCGACACGUAGGAAGAUACCUUCAAUAAAAGCACGCGAAGCUGCUCAAGCAAAGGAAAGCAAGCCAAUAGGCUCUGUACAAGCGAAACGUCUGCCUGGACGCUCUCAAAAGCUUACGAACACUAUGCUUGACAGUCAGUCAGAUUCUGUGCCUCCUGAAAGUAUCCCUACAAUCAAGCAUAAAACGUCAGACGUACUGAAAGAAGGUCAAGCCAACGAACCAAAGGCUGGUGUCAAGCGUGGCCCUGGACGACCCCGUAAAGUUGCUACAGACUCAGCAAAUAUACAGCCUACAGUAAACAACAUUACUCCUAGUAUUCAGUCUGUUGAGAUUGUCGAUGAAGUCGUUGAUCUACCUGAUGAUAGUGUUGAUCUCUAUGCCGAAGAACCGUCAGAGCUUGAAUUGACUCGUGCAGCUUCAUUAGUAGUAAUGGGUAGUGAUGAUGAUGAAGCCAGAGAAGAUAAUAGGGAAGAGUUUGACUUGGAUGAAGUCUCGGAUGAUGAAGAGUUUGACAUUACUACUGUUCGUAAAUCUGGCCAGGCUGUAUCAUCAGCUACUCAGACUCAAAGACUGAGUCGGUCUUCUCAAGACACGAAGAUUGUUAUUCAGGUCUCUGAUGGUCAUGCAGCACGCGACUUGACCAUAUGCAAGUCCUGGAGGUUUUGUGUUCUUCUACAUCAAACAGAGGAUAUUAUGAAAACGCCUAGGAGUCAUAUUUCUCUUGUGUACGAAGCCCCAUGGUGUAAACGAACUGGUCUGAAAAUGGUUCCACAUUAUCUGGAAAAUGACGACGAUUAUGCGAAACUGUUCUCUCGAUACAAAGAAUACAUGGAUGCACAGCAGAAGAAGAAGAAGGGGGGUGCCGCUUCAAAGGCUACAAGUCGUAAGACUAAUGAAACUAAAGCAUCCGACUCUUGGUCAAACUCGAACAAUGCAAAGACAUCUAUGCUGUCUAUUAUUGCCGAAAAGCUUCAGGAGAUAGAGGCAAACUUCUAUUGUCAAAAACACAGUCGGACAUGCUACAAGACAUACCAUGGUGAACACAAAUUGUAUACGAAUGAUCACUUAACUACUCAUGCACGACUUCUUAGUAAGGGUGUUAAAGGUGUUACAGCCAAAGAUGUGCCUGAGCAACUCAAGAUUAUGGACUAUAUCAAACCAUCCAAGGCUCGAGAAAAGGCUGUAGGUGAUAACAUGGGUGAUCUUGCAGAUGUUAAGAGUAGCGUUGGUGUAACGAUUCAGGAUAGUCUCUCUCAACCUGUUAUGCCGCCAUCUGAAGGAAUACUCCAUCAGAAGGUUCGGGACUGGCUCUACGCAUGCACGACUCGUCAGGAUCGUGGUCAGGAUGGUCAUGACUAUAUGGCACUGGCUGAUGUAUUCGAGCAGAACGAGAUUACGCGUCUGGACGAUAUUACCUUUCUUACCACAAAGGAUAUCAUUGACCUAGCUCAUGAUUGUGGGGUUACUGUCUCGCGAGGUCUUGCUAAUCGAAUCAUUAGAUAUUCAAAUGAAGAUAUUAAAGAUCAUAAGGGGAAAGGAAAGGAGUAA